GGGAGAAGGUUAUGUUGAAACGGCAAAGAAAAGGUGGAGGAGGACGGUGAGGGAGCAGAAACUUUCUCUCCUUCUCAACAACUUUAGAGCGGAUUUGUCGCCUUGGGUUUGCAUGGCUGAGCGGACUUGAGUUUGCUCCUCAACACGCAGUUGGAUAUAUUCCCUUUAACCUGGGGCUGUUAGAGGUGUUCGCCUCUUUUUUGGACCUUUUUGUCGCCCGUGGACUUAAUGAGUGAGACUGAGCGGAGAAACGUGGAAGUGAGGGCACACUAUAAUCUGUAUUGAUUUACGUUGUCGCCAUGUCCAUGCUUCCGACGUUUGGGUUUACGCAGGAGCAAGUGGCGUGUGUCUGCGAAGUCCUUCAACAAGGGGGGAACAUCGAGCGGCUGGGGCGCUUCCUCUGGUCCCUGCCGGCGUGCGAGCACCUCCACAAAAAUGAGAGCGUCCUCAAAGCGAAAGCUGUCGUCGCUUUUCAUCGGGGGAACUUCCGAGAGCUCUAUAAGAUCCUGGAGAGUCACCAGUUCUCUCCCCACAACCACCCCAAGCUGCAGCAGCUGUGGCUCAAAGCGCACUACAUCGAGGCGGAGAAGCUGAGAGGCCGCCCGCUCGGCGCCGUAGGAAAGUACCGGGUCAGGAGAAAGUUCCCCCUGCCUCGCUCGAUCUGGGACGGAGAGGAGACAAGCUACUGCUUCAAGGAGAAGAGCAGGAGCGUCCUGCGGGAGUGGUACACCCACAACCCUUACCCGUCCCCGCGGGAGAAACGAGAGUUGGCCGAGGCCACGGGACUCACCACCACGCAGGUCAGCAACUGGUUCAAAAACCGACGGCAGCGAGACCGGGCAGCGGAGGCAAAGGAAAGGUAGGACACACUAAUACUACCCUACUCAUAAAACAUACAAGCAUCUAAUAUACUGUUGAUAUUGUAGCAUUUUUUGUUUAUGACCUCAAACAAAAAUAGUGGGCAAUAAAAUCUCAAACAGACACAAACACCCAGUGUUACUUCCACGAUGUGCUGACCUACAUCUGGAAAUUUAUUGGAAUGACUGAAUUUAUUUUCACUUCUUGAAAAAUAGUUCCAGCUAUCUACAAACAUCUGUGACUGUUUAAGGGAAAUUUAACAAGAGCAGGGACUUUUGCGAACGUCUAGUUUUUUGUUUUAACUCCCAUACAGAACUGUUUGUACGUCUGAGAUAAUACAGCAGGACGUGCGUAAAAGUUGAAAAGGAGAAAAUGAAAGACUCGUUGUCAGAUAAAUUACAAGGGUAUAAAAAGUUGUACUUACCCUACUUUUAUGUUUUAAUUACACUCAUCAUGACAUUAGAAUUUGACAUAAGUAGGGUCAGAGACAUAACUACUAGUCUACUUUCCCCCCUCUAGAUAUGUGAGAGAGUAAAGGAAUAUACAAUAAAGUCAGAGAGCACGGUAAAGAAGUUGCUCGCUAGUGUAAUUGACGUAGCAGGCCGUGUAGGCUGCAUAUCGGCCGGGUCGACAUUACUUUCGGAGCUGUUUGUACAUUUCAAAGUUUGGAAAUGACACAGGCGCGCAGAGAGGAUUUUGGAGACAUGUUUCAGUCAGGUGUUUUCUGGUUUGGUGUCUUCUUUCAGCCUCUGGCCACUAAUUCGGGCUGAAAGCUGCACGUAAAUCAUGUCUUCCCACUGCGAGAAGCCCGAGCUCACCACUGCACACAUAUGAACGAGGCCGUGCGCAACAAGAACACGUUCAGCAAUUAUUAGACCUGUCAAUUAUCCAGACCGAGAGACAGCUUUCUUUUGACAGACGACUUACCUACAGGUCACCAUGGUUACACUCAUUCGCCAUUAACGCAGCUGUUUAACUCAGACUGAGAAAUUGAACAGAUUUAUUGUCUUCAGUCUCUGUUCACUAAUGCGCACAUUUAACUCUCUGCACUGCUGUAGUAAAUGACUGAUAGGCUGUAAUUAUUUCAAUUAGCCCACUUACUGGUAUUAUGUCCUGGCGCACGAGUGCGUGAUUGAUGUGUCGAUAAAUCACCUGACUUAAUAUUUUAUCAUUUGGGUUGUUAUGGCGACUGUAAACAUGGCGGGGCUUAAUUAAUUUUCAAGGGGGCUACACACAGUAGCAUAUACAACAUUAAUUGUGGUUUGUGUGUGUGUCUGUGUGUGUGUGAGGCACUUUGGAAAGCUGAAAAAUUCUCUUAUAUGAAUACGUAUUACUAUUAUUUUAUUAUUGUUAUUUAGGCUAUUACCAUUAUUAUUAUUAUUGUAGUUAUUAUUGUUGUUGUUAUGUAGGCUAUUAUUUUUAUUAUUAUUAUUGUUAUUAUUAUUGUUAUUAUUAUUAUUAUUAUUAUUAUUUUGUUUUUGUUCUUGUUGUUAUGUAGGCUAUUAUUUUUAUCAUUAUUAUUAUUAUUUUUGUUUAGUUUUUGUUGUUAUGUAGGCUAUUAUUAUUAUUAUUAUUAAUUUUAUUAUUAUUAUCAUUUGUAGUAGUAACUCGGUUGUGAUGUUUUGAAUAUAUAGGCUAGUCUAGUACGUUUUAUGUGGUGAACUUUCAAUAGCCAGCUAAACUUUGCUAAACUUGAUCAUUUCUGAGACCCUGCCAUGUGGAUCUAUUUUGAGUGUUUUUGCUGAACUUUCAUCAAACUCACCUCUUUUAUUUUCGUCUUUUUGCAGAGAAAACAACGAGAACUCCAACAGCAACAGCCACAAUCCAUUAUCUUCCUCCAUGAACGGGAAUAAAUCUCUUUUGGGGAGUUCUGACGACGAUAAAACACCCUCGGGUACACCAGAUCACACGUCACCGAGCCCGGCUCUGCUCCUCGGCUCGAAUUCCGGUUUACCGUCCCUCCACGGCCUCGCGCCCCCACCGGGACCCAGCGCCAUCCCGGUACCAGGCGGCGCAGACUCCGUGCACCAUCACCACUCUUUGCACCAUGACACCAUACUGAACCCUAUGUCUUCUAAUCUUGUGGACCUUGGCUCUUAAAAGAACCAGCACAGACGGGGACAGAAGGUAUCUCUUUUGGAUAAUACAUUUUCGAGGACAAGCUUCAAGCAUUUAUGGUAAAAAAGAAAAAGGUGCAACGCAGACGGACUGAACACUGCGACAAACGGCCUUCAUAACAAAUCAUUUAGCCACAUAUUCAACCUCUAAAGUCAUUUUAUACAAGAGGGGGAAAUCUGCUUGUGUGCGUAAAAACCUCCAUUUACCCCCAUGUUGAACUUGUUUCUGGAAGUUUUUGGAAACAAAUCUCAAGAAAAGCACUUCAGACAUUACCUACACGUAUGCCUAUUCAAACAGGAGACGCUUCCUGAAAUAAUGGCAUAUUUCUCUUCAGUUCUCGUGAGGGAAAUGAAAUAAAACAGGUGAUCAUUUUUUGCCGUGGUGAUGCAGAUAAUGUGAGGUUGAUAGAGGUCGUUUUAGGUAAAAAGAAAAAAAAGAGGAAAAGUAUUUUACAGGAAUGUAAUAACGUAACAUGUUAUAUUGUUGAAAACAAUAACAAUAAAAUGUCUUAAUUCUUAUUACUAUUACCGUUGUUAUUUUAGGGGUUUGGAUAUUAGAAGAUACUAUAGGCACUGUGUUUGAGGCACUACAUCGCCGUUGUGUUUACAGAGGGUUUUUCCAAAAGAGCCAUAAGAGUUUUUAUUUUUCUUUUCUUUUCUUUUUUUUUUUUUUUUUUUGGGGGGGGGGGGGGGGUAGCAUUCUCAAGUGUCUUAUAAGAGCCAUGAUAGGAGGAAAUAUCUUAAUCUCUUGAUAUUAUUUUCAUUUUCAUUUCAUUUGGAAAGAGACUGCAUGUAAACUUUGCGUUAAACGGAACGAUACAGCUUUAGUUUCAUAUAAUCUUUACAAUAAAAAAGCAAAAGAAAUACUUGGAGUAAAACCGAGGUUUCUUUUUAUUCUCAACUA